AUGUUAAAAGUCAGCGUCGAUGUAAGACUACGGUUAUAUGUAACAAUAUCGGCUGGAAUCGCUCAAUGCAACAAGCGUUUAUCAACAGUGCGGAUCCCUACACCACCUAACACAACCGGUGCAACUCUGUUAUGUAUGAAAGGAAAAGCAAAAUACAAACCAGGCGAGAAUGCGAUUAUUUGGAAGGUAAGAAAUUUAGGAGUUUUGAGAAAUUUAGUUUGUCAUUGUCAGCGCUCAAACUGA